AUGGCACAUGGUCCUAUGAGUGGAUUGAAGAUCACAGGUGAACCUGAUCCUCACAAGGUGCUUAAGGUGGCUGCAAAGGAUGGUCGAACGGACGAAGAUAUUCACCUUCAUUAUUCAAAUUACAAGGUUGCAGGAAACGGCUCUUUCGGUGUUGUCUAUCAAGCUAAACUUUUACGUACGGGUGAAGAUGUGGCUAUUAAAAAGGUUUUACAAGAUCGAAGAUUCAAGAAUCGUGAAUUACAAAUCAUGCGUAGUGUCUGGCAUCCAAACGUUGUGGCAUUAAAGGCAUUCUUUUAUAGUAAUGGAGAUGGAAAGAAGGAUGAAGUUUAUCUCAAUUUAGUAUUGGAAUAUGUUCCUGAAACUGUAUAUCGUGCAACUCGACAAUAUGCCAAAGCAAAACAGCCAAUGCCAAUUCUUUAUGUCAAAUUAUAUACCUAUCAACUUUUACGUUCUUUGGCUUAUAUUCAUUCUCUUGGUAUUUGUCAUCGUGAUAUUAAACCACAAAACUUAUUAUUGGAUCCUUCUUCGGGUAUUUUGAAAUUAUGUGAUUUUGGAAGUGCCAAAGCUCUUGUUCCAGGUGAACCCAAUGUAUCUUAUAUUUGCUCUCGUUAUUAUCGUGCACCUGAAUUGAUCUUUGGCGCUACAACUUAUACAGUGGCAAUUGAUAUUUGGUCAGCUGGUUGUGUAAUGGCGGAACUUAUGUUAUGUCAACCAUUGUUUCCUGGCGAAAGUGGUAUUGAUCAAUUGGUAGAAAUCAUCAAGGUUUUAGGCACACCAACAAAAGAACAAUUACUGGCCAUGAAUCCUAAUUAUACUGAACAUCGAUUUCCUCAAAUCAAUUCACAUCCAUUCUCAAAGGUGUUUCGAUCUAGAACUCCACCUGAAGCCAUUGAAUUCAUUGAUUUAUUACUUAGAUAUACACCAUCAAGUCGAUUAUCUGCUAUUGAUGCUAUGGCUCAUUCUUUCUUUGACGAAUUACGAGAUCCAAACACCAAACUCAAUCAAGAUAAACCAUUACCUCCUUUAUUCAAUUUCACAGAACAUGAACUAUCGAUAAAACCAGAACUGAACCGAAAAUUGGUCCCUCCUCAUUGUGAAAAUGAAUUAUUGACUCGUGGUAUUGAUAUUCAUCAUUUUCAACCUUUAUCUUUGGACGAUAUCAAACGUAGAACAAUUGUCAAUUGA